CAUGGAAGGGGAGGAGAUUUAAAUGUCCAGUAGAAAGGUGGUGCGGGGAAAUCUUUUUAGCCGGCUGGAUCUUGGAGCGGGAUCAGAAUCUAAAACUUUCAGUCCAUAACUUAUCGCAGGCAUCCGGAGCAGCUCUUUAAAAAAAAAAAAAAAAGAUUUUGAACUGAACAAACAGCUUUUUUCGCUUUGCUCGGUGAUUUUGUCCAGUUUUAUUGUCAUUUUACAUUUCGACUCGCAGGCUGAACAUAUUUUUCUGUUUAGUUCAUUUAAGCUUUGACUUGAAGUGUAGAUCAUACAGGAUUGUCUCGUUUUGAACUCCAGCGCUUUCUCCGGGUCCCUGGGGCAUUUUUCAUUCAACACAGUCGUCUUCAGGUUACACGCGGGCUGCCGGCAGCAGCGGAGCUACGUGACUCCUCUCACUCUCACGACCCGAACUGGGAGCAGAUGACUCAGGAGUUCCCGGUGAGCGUCGGGGGACGUCAAUCUCUCUGUGCGCGCAAAGACAGCGAAAUGACACCGGUUUUUUUCCUCAGGACAGUGGUGGUGCUUUACCUGCUCCUCUCACCUGUACAGAAUUUACCCAUGCCACAAAGAAACAGCACUGUGCAAGUGCUGAUGUUUCAAGAGGUGUGGGGUCGCAGCUACUGCCGGACCAUGGAGAAGCUAGUUGAAGUUGUCCAGGAAUACCCAACGGAGGUGGAGCAUAUCUACAGCCCCUCCUGCGUGCCACUGGUGAGAUGUGCUGGCUGCUGUGGGGACGAGAACUUGGAAUGCCAUCCCACUGAAACUUCAAAUGUCACAAUGCAGCUGUUGAAAAUCCGGCCAGCAGAACCAGGUGAAGAAUAUGUUGAGAUGACCUUUGUGGAGCAUAAGACAUGUGAAUGUAGGACUAUGUGCAGGACUUGCAUAUGUCAUUCCCAAGACGAAUUGACGCUGUAUUGGCCGCAAAAGGAGGCCCUACACCAUACUAAUAAAUUAUUGUGAUCUAAAACCAGGUGUUUCAGUUUCAUUGUCCAACCCCUGUACAUUCUUCUUUAUAGGAUUUUGUUAUUAAAGUCUACCACUGCUCACUUCAGCAAGUGUGCUGUGUUUUUAUUUUCUAAAAGUAUAGACUGACAAGAGAGUUUUUGAUCUACAGUUUUUGCUGAUUCUAGUUUCUCUUAAGAACUGAUUAACAAGGUUAAAUGUAUUUCUUUCUAGCCUUGCUGCCAUGAGCACUUAUUAUUUCUAUUAGAAACAGAGGCAAUAUCGCACUGUGGGAAAGAGAGCAGAUGCUGUAAAGCAGAUGUUUGUCUAAUAUUUUAAAGACAAAAUGAUUUAAAAAGUUACAUUUUUGACAGCCUUUAGCAUCUCAUUUUAGCUAUUAGCACAAUUAGCAUAGUUAGCGUUAGUAACUGUAAACAGCAGUUUCUUUGUGUGUUCCUGAGAGAAUGUUCACACCUGCCUUAAAUCUCAUAUUUCUAAUAGGCUGCCAAUGUUUACAAAUCCAGCAUGUUUCAUGACAGACAGCUUGAAAUCUUAGAAGUAUAAAACAGUAUAACUUUGCUACAAUACAUUUAGCCUUCUUGGUAUCUGCUAAAGUCGGCUCCUAGUCAAAUUGACCAUUGGCCAUGUGAGCAAAACCCAAGAAAAGGCUCUUUUAUUGUAUCUUAACCACAGAGUACACAGAACAGAGCCUUGUUGCCACAUCAUACAAAACAUAGCAUGUUCUAAUUGCAUGUCACAAAAUUUGUGGGUGUUGACUAGGCUAUUACUUUUGAAAAUGUAAGCUUAGAACACCCAAUUCUUCUGCAUUUUCACCAUUUAAACUCUAAAGGAGCAUUAUGGAGCAUUAUUGCUGAGGGCCUGUUUUGCCCUCAGCAAGAUGCUGCCACCACUGUGCACCAACAGUGUUCCAAGGCUUUAAAACCCCACCUUGACUCCCCCAAACACACUGCUUUUAAUUGUGACCAAAUAGCGCAAUCUUUGUCUCGCCCGACCUUUAAACAUUUCUCCAGAAAGCAUUUGGCUUCUCCAUGUGAGAAGUUGCAAAUUCCUGUCGAGCUUUAAGUGCUUGGGUCUGGGGAGUUUUUUGUUGUUGGCACUUUUUCAAUAUUUGUUAAACCUGUUUCACUGUGGACAGUGAAACUUGUGUUACAACAGUUUCCAGUUUAUGUUUAGGCAAGGCAACAUUUCAGCACAUUUCAGCAACAAGACAAAUCAAAGUGCUUUACAUGAUCAAAAUUGGUUUUGAAAUAGACAACAGAGCCUAAAAUUAAGCAACUGGAAUGGCUCCAGACCCCAUUUCUAUUGAAUAUUUGUGGACCGCUUAACAGUAAGCUCUGCAACUGGAAACCAACCAAUUUUAUUUGAGCCCAUAUGUUGGAUCUUGCGUGAAUAAGAGAAAAUCUGCAAUAAGUUCAAACGUUUGCACCCAAACCUAAAAAUAAUUUAAGUUUUUUGUGUUAUCGUUCCACUCUGGAAAAAUUUAUUGUUCUGCGGUAUCAUGAAAGCACAAUAUCAAUAUGGCAUUCAGGCAAAAGGAUGCAAACCUCUCAGCAGUACUAUACAGUACAUGAGACAUUCACUUUGGGUUUUGAUGGUUAGGUUGGGCGGCACUGUGGCUCUGUACCCUGCAGCAAAAAGGUCCAAAGUUUGAAUCAUGGCCUGGGGUCUUUCUGCAUGGAGUUUGCAUGCUCUCCACUUGCGUGCCUGUGUUCUCUCCGGGUACUGCAGCUUCCUUCCACAGUCCAAAAACAUGACUGAUUAAUUGGUCCUUCUAAAUACGGAUGGAUGGAGGGAGGGAGGGAGGGAGGGAGGGACGGACGGACGGACGGAUGGGCAUGGAUAAGGAUGGUUUGGCCUACAACUUUCUAAACGCGUUUCUAAGUGUCAACUUUAGUGCAGAACCUGAAUAUUCAAACCUACAAAUGUUAAUGGAUUGCUUAGUUAACCCAGUCCAUAAAUAAAUCAUUGUCACAGAAAAAUAUGAACAAAUUACAGGUUUUAAUCCUGUUCCAGAGCCAGGUUACAUUGUUUCAGGCAUAGCAUCAAUGUAUCACCAGUUCAGAUCACCUACAUUAAUUCCGGAAUCACCAUUUAGCCUCUUACAAAUAUCUCGAGGAAGAACAUUGAACAGUAAAAGAAACUCCACACAGGCACAGGGAGGAAAUGUGAAAAACAAGAAGUUGCUGUUCAACAACCAGGUUCAAAUGUGAAGACUCCAUGCUAUGAGGUGGCACCUUUAAACUGUAAUUAUCUUUUUUUUUUAAAUACAUGUCAUAAAGCUGAACUAUAUAUAAUACAUUUUAGGAGACCAGUUUGGUAAUUACAUUCACUGAAUAAUUAAAUAAAAUCACACUUCGAUUUAUAGUAAUUUAUUGAAACUUUCUCCUCAGAGUGCGGAAACCGUUGGUGAAGUUUGGAAGG